CAAGUUCUCUUGCUGCCCCCCCGGGUUUAUUUUUGGCUCAAAACGUGGCGUGGGACACCCGGGUGAGGGAGUCACUCUUACACCGCGGGACUGAGGACUCUCACUGCACGCAUGACUAGCACAGAUCACGCUUUUCUGCAUUGGAACCGAGCCCGAUGGCAUUUUUCAGCUGUGAUAUUUAUCUUCCUUGUGAUAGUUUACACCAGCAGCUUGACAGCGGGUACGCCGUGUACAGAAGGUACCCACACUUGUGAUCGGGCCACCCAGCUCUGUAAUGGCACCCAAGAUCCAACGGGCUUUGUCUGUACCUGCAUCAACGACACACGCAGCAGCUGUCAGCGCAAGAUACCUGUGUCCCUGUCCCCGAGACCCAGCGCCUGUACCUGUUCACCGCCAUCGACUUGGUGACCGUCAACGUCAGCCUGUGGAACGACUUCAACGACGAGCAGCAGAGAAAACAGGCGAUUUUAAGUACAUAUCCUCCGAGUAAGAUCCUGAGCAUGAAGACGGGAAUAUUUAUUGACAUGGUGUCAAUAUCGGAGACCAGUGUCGUGGGCAAAAUCGCUUUUCGCUACAGUUUGCUAUUUUGGGUGAAUGUGACGUCACGAAUCAAGGAGAGCGUCGCGCGCCGCGUGCUGGAGCUGGAAGCAGGACGAGUUCUGGUUUUCAAAGAUAUACAGAUUCCCAUUCUUGGCUACAUGGGGAUUUUUGACACGAAGGACCAGAUGAUUUAUAGUCCAAAAACUGAUACCAUCGACUGGUGCUCGUCACCCAGCCUCUUCUCGUGUCGGAACCACAGCACGUGCGUUGACUACGGUCUGCGGUACUCGUGUCCUUGUAAAGUUGGUUACUAUGACAACAACAACAACGAGUGCAACUUGGCUGUGCGUCUGGGUGGUGUUCAAGAGAAGCUGGAGGGGCGGCUGGAGUUCUACACGAACGGGACGUGGAGGACGAUCUGUCAGCGAGGCUUUACAUCCCAGACUGCAGUAGUGGCUUGCAGACAGCUCGGCCUCCCCUCGCGGGGGGCGGUGUACUACGAGGGCGCUGUUUACGGCGAGGGCACAGGUGACGUACACAUGUACCGCAUGACGUGUACCGGCCGGGAACUGGCCCUGUCCCAGUGUCCAUCAGAACCUCUGGCUUCUGGUUCCUGCAACCACUCUAUGGAUGUUGGGAUUCGAUGUGACAAAGUUUGUGUGGAUGACUACCAUUUCGGACUCAACUGCUCCCAGCCGUGUGUGUGUAACGUCAGCAACACCGACUUGUGUGACCGAGACAACGGCACGUGCUACUGCAAGGCAGGCUGGGAAGGCGUCACGUGUGACGAUGACGUCGACGAGUGCGCGCAGACAGGUGCAUGUAGAGGACCGUUAGAACGGUGCCAGAACACACAGGGCAGCUUUCUCUGUCUGUGUGAGGAGGAGGCUGAAAGGAAUGAAGGUGGCGUGUGUAUCGGUACUGAUGAGAUGGCCGCAUCGGCCUCAUCGGGAUUAUCAUUUGCUCGUCAUCGUCGCUGCAGCCUGUAGUGUCGGUGUCGUAUUGAUCAUAAUAAUCAUCGUCAUCGCAAUAGCUAUUAAGAAAUGGAGAGCAAGAGCGUAUGCGCAGACGACAGGACUGAGUGCAGGCAGCACCGGCUACAGCGACCUCCUCGGCGCCAACAGCAGCUACGACGACGUGGAGACGUACGACGAGAUCAAUGACGAAAACUCCUCCGGAGAUUUGUCCCUCCCUUGCUCCACCAUUAAAGGCGAAGGUCAGACCAUCUUCGUAAAACCGGAAGACGGGUCAGACGGCUACUGCAGCGCGUUAGAUGACGUCACUAGCGAGACUUCUAACGGUCGGAAAGAAAGUCAGGAAGGGACACAGUGCUGUUACAACAGUUCCAGCGAGGGAGAGAAAGAGGAAGAACUUCAUCACGACUACCUGCACGCAUGCGCCGCAACACCAGGCCCCACCCACUCAGCGUCAGUAGCUGAUGACGUCAGUGCGAGUAGAUCAUUGGACGACAUCUAUCUCCAUCCGGUCUAUUCUCUGUACAACAACAACAUGGCAUCAGUCAAUAGAAUGGUUGACAAGAACGCAGGUGACAGAGACAGCUUCUCUUUGGAGCAGUCGCUUCUGAAUGUUGAUGAAAGGAACGACAAUUCGAGGGAAAGCGAAAAGGGAGACUACCUCCACCCGACUGGUUCUGCUGUCGAGGUUGAUGGAGCUGUGCGUCCUGUCAGUUUGUCUUCCCCAGGAGCUGCUGAGAGCGCCACCAUCGACGACGACCAAGACGAUAACCGCGAACACGUCUCAGCCGAUGUCGCGGACACAGUGCAAGAGGGAGCAAUCACUGGCUUAUCUCCCCCACCGUUCUGUACCCCACGUACUGGCGGGACUUGUCGACAAGAGACAGACCCUCACUCUGCCCUCCAUCACAAGACAGCGACACCUACCUGCAUCCUACUGACAUCUCGUCUCAGGGCCCAGUGGUCACCAGAUCGCAUCCCGGCGGUGAAGAGUCAGUCGGUACUCGCCUCUGAUGUCAAAGGUCAUCAUCAGUUCACCCAGCUGGUCAGUAUUCUGUCCAACACGCCUUUUGGGUCUGAGGUCAGCACAUACCUGGCUGUGUAAUAUUUUAUCAACAUUGUAGGUGUAGUUAAAAAUCAUGUCGGCUUUGCUUGCGAUUUAUUUAAUUUUGCUGAACACUUCACAGAGAGAACAGUAUGUUCACGGUGGUCUGCAGAAAAUGAGUUGUAAACAUACAGUGUAUCGUACAGGCUAGCUUACACUCGUUGUGGUAGAAGUUAAGUAAACAGGUUGUUAAACCGAGUUCUUCUCGUGGAGAGAAACUGUUUACAAUCUACACGCGCCAUCCCACCCGUGACUCGCCUCAAAACGCGAUUUAGCUUAUUCCCUGAAUUUUCUUUUUCCACCAUCAUUCGCUCCUCAGCUUCAUUCGCAGAAAUCUCACUAGUGUUUAGUGAAUGCUGUAGUUGCCGACUGUUGACGACAUUUGUACGAAUAAAUAUAAGUGGUUGUGAUG